UAAACUUGAAGAGACUAUAUUUUUUUUUCAAAUUUCUUUUCUUACUUAAAAUAAGUGUAAAUGUAAAAAUUAUAGAAUAAUUAAAUGGAAGCAACAACUUAUUAUAGCAUAUUUAUUCCAUCGCAAGUAGAUAAUAGUGAUGGAUACGUUUUCACUGAAAAAGAAGAAGCACUAAAGAUUUUAAAAGGAUACAAAGAUGGUCGGCUUAAAAGCUUUAAAAAUAAAGAUGAUGCUAUUAAAUAUUCUCAAACUGGACAUGAAGUCGUAAUACAGAAAUUUCCAGAUUUAAAAUCACCAUCUGCAACUGCAGAAAAGGCUGCAUUUUUCGCCCCAACUAAACAAGAACGUAUUAGUUUUCGCAAAGCUAUAGAAGAUGGAGAUUAUAAUAAGGUGAACGAAACUAUUUGGAAAAAUCCACGAUAUUUGGUUAAUGUUGGUGAUACACCAACAAGUUUAAAAGAUGGAUAUCGAUAUAAUGCAUUGCAUAUUUGUGCAAUUCAUAAAAAAGCUGAAAUUGCCGAUUUGAUAUUACAAACAAUAAGUACUAUAAGUUUUGUCGAACUUUUACAUGGGAAAAAAAAUACAAAAGUAUGCCAAGAAGUUUGUGAAAUACUUUUGGAUUAUUAUCUGAAUAUGCCUGAAAAAGGGCGUAGCGAAACACCUUUACAUUUAGCUGUAAAAUAUGGAGCUGUUGAAGUAGUUGAAGUUUUAACAACGUAUUCUCAAUGUAAAAUGAUACCGAAUUUGGAAAAUUUGUUACCAAAAGAUAUAAUUUGCGAUCGAAUUAAUGAUGCACCCCUCGAAUUAAAAGAAAAAAUUGCCAAUUUGUUACAAGAAAGGUUUUAUGUUCCAGUUAUCAGAUCUGUAGAUGGUACAGUGGCACCAAGUGUCGGACAACCUUUUUCACCAACAAAUCUUCCUGAUCUAAACAUGGACCCUUUGAGUCCCGAAUUAGAAAUUCAAGCAUACGCUGGACCGAUGUCUAAAGAACAGGCCAAAAGUUUUCGUCGACGUUGGAAGACUCCUCCUCGUUCUUCUAAUUGUUCUCCAUCAAGAUCUUUGAAUGUUUGCUUCAGCCCACACAAAAUAAAACUUUUGGCUAGCACACCCAGAAAAUUAUUUAAUUCGCCAAUCAAUACGAAUCCAACAGCAAGAACUUUGUUCAACAGCGAUAAUGAUGAUGUAAUAGUUUCUGAGGACAAUCAAAAUGGAAAUUUCGUUGAUCAUAACUACGCAAAGUCAUUAAGUCAACAAAUAGAACAUAAUAAUGAUAUUGAAAAUAAUAAUGGAACGAAUUUAAAUGAAAAUCUUCAAGAAUUAAAUAAGAUUGUCGAAACAGUAACAUUGUCCAACUCAAAUAAUGCAUUGCAAUUUAAUAGCCUUAACAAAUUCGCAUUAACACCUUUACUUAAAAAGAAUCCUGCCAAAAAAGAUAUGUUUUUUAAAUAUCGUGAAAAAGCAGAUUCUCCAAUAGUUUUAUUUGAUAAUUUCAACGAUUCAACCCAAUCAAAUGAUUCUGAUUGUGGUUUAAAUAACACAACUUUACCAGAUUCAUUAUUAGCUUUAACAGAAAGGCAUGUAAAACUAACCGAUACGGAAAAAGGUCUCGAAAUGAUUGGCCGUGAGUUAGCUAAAGAACAAAAUGUCGAAUGGAAAGAGUAUUGGGAUUUUCUUGGAGUUUUUGUGGAUAUUGCUUCACCAGAAGGUUUAGAUAAAUUAGAGCAGCAUUUAAAACUUAGAAAAAAAAUUAUCAAUGAAAAAACUGCUUCCGAUGCUGUAAAAACUAAUGAAAAAAUGGCACGUAACGAAAAAGAACUAAUGCAUUUAUGUAAUGAAUUGCAUAAAUUGGGUUUAAUAAAAGAUAAGAGUAACAUUAAUCAAGCAACACAGAAAAAUCAUUUGAUAAAUCCAAAUACGUUUGGAUUAUCUGGAGGAGGAAAUGAUCAAAAUUCUGUUACUGUAAAUGGCUUAAAUGAAAAUAAAUCUGCAAACAGCAAUCAGCAAACCACAACACCAUAUCUAUGUGUUGAAAAGUCUUUGCAAGUAUUUGCGAAACGUUGUACCAAAACAAUAUUACACAAUAUAAAGAAUGUGGUAUCAAUUCAUGAUGCAUUCUUAUCUGAAUUAAAAAGACUGAAAUCACUUAUAUGUAGUUUUAAAGAUGAUAUAAGAUUUUUAGAAGUUGAUUUUACAUAUGUCCAUUCGCGCUUUGCCAAUUUAAUUGUUAGUUAUUUAAAAAAUUCUCAUGACACAGACAAUAAUAUUUUACUAGAGAUUCGGCAAUGCUUUGAACAAAUUAUUCAAUCCAAAAUGAAAGUGAUUGACAAAAAUUUUUUGAACUCUAUACCAAUUAUUGAUAAAAAAGAACAACUACAAUGUGUGUCUGAAUUUUUAUUAAAAUUUUUGAAAAAUGAAGAACCUAAAAUAUUACCUGAAAACCUGAAAACUGAAAAAAUAUGUGCUGAUACAUGGGCUAAUGAAUAUCAUUGUGAAUGCCAAUGGGAAACAGUACUAAGUCGCCAAGCAAGCCGUAAAAAACGUCAUGAUUCACAUAGCGACGCGUCAAGAAAACUUUUUAAUGAUUUGAAUACAAACGAGAAUACCGAUGAUAAUAAAGGAUACCCAAAUUCAAACAUAACUAAUACGGAAAAUUCAUGGAGAAAAUCUCAAAAUGAAAGUUUUAGUAGUAAUGAUUCGUCAGAAAAUGAUUUAAAUGAUAGUGAUGAUGACAUAUUUUAUUCCGAUUUUGGAUCUGAUGAGGAUAAUGAUUUUAAUUUUUAUACACCACCAGAUAGCCCAACUAUGCUGGAAUUGGAUGUUUCAGAUAUUCAUGAUUAUAAUGUGUACUUGCUAGGAAAUGAGCCUACCAAACGUGAUUUGGAUGUUUUGAAUGCUAUAUUUCACAUUGACAUUAGUAAGGAAAAAUAUCCAAAUAUCUAUAAUUGGCGUGCAGCCAUCCUUAAACAUCCGAAUGAAGAACGUGACAAUUUUCCAUCACCAUCAGUUGUCGUAAAGAAGCAUUGCUCAUACAGGGAAAAUCGACGUAAUAAUUUUAUAGCUGGAAGACGUUUAUUUGCACCCAGCAAAUUUAUAUCAUCGUCACCAAUUAAAAAUCAUUUAACUAAAUUCGCAACUGAAAAUUUAAUACGUCAAAGUAAUUUAAGUGGUGGCAGCAGUAAUUCAUCGAAUAAUUCUUCUUUAGAUCUUAAUAUUAGUAAUAAUUGUGUUGAUACAUCACCAUCAUUAACACCAGAAACUAAGAUUCUACAACAUUUUGAAGAAGAUUUAUCGUUAAUGAAUGUUUCAAAAUGUUAGAAACUUAAUGAAUUUGAUAAUUGUCGUAAUUUUAAUUAGAAAUAACGAAAUUCGAGAAAAAAAAAACUUUUUUUUUUCAUAUUUGAUUAUGAUUACUCGAAUGUUGUGAUUGAAAAGUAAUCUUGAAUUUAAAUGUUGCAUAGAUCACGGGUAAAAGUUUAUUAAAUCAAACUUAAAAUGCAAAAUUAUUUUCUUACAUAUUUUAACGAAAUGUGUUCAAAUCAUCUCGAAUUUUGUAGUUCAGAAUUGAUUUUUGUUCCCAAAAAUUACGAGCUUUUUUUCUGUUUUAUUUUUAAUAAUACAUAUAUUAAUUUUUCUAUUUUAAAUCAUGAAAAUUAUUUAUAGUUUUAUUACGUUUUCUUAAAUUUAAUAGAUACUUACACUAAUAAUAAUAUAAUUAUCGCUUUUAAUAUUUUAAUUUGUAACAUUUUUUUUUCCUUUUUUAAAUGUAAAACUUUUAUGUUCGUAUGCUUAUAUUUUUUCCAUAUUUUACAUAUUUUAAAUAAAAAAUUAUCAAUUAAUUUUUCUCAUUAAAAUUAACAAAAUUAAAUUAAUUUUUGUUAAAGAAAACUAUUGAUAAAACACCAUUAAUACCAAAUUUUUAUAAUAUAAAUUAGGAUAGAAAUUUUGUAACAAAAAAAAAAAAAUAUGUAUAUAUUUUUUUUUCGUUUUUAUUGAAGAAAAAAUAAUAAGAUUUAAGUAUUUGCAAAAGACACCCAUUGGUACCCAAGAUUUAAGUAUUUGCAAAAGACACCCAUUGGUACCCAAGGCUUUCUAUCUUGUUAUAAAUGAAAUUAAAACAAACAAAAAAUGAAGAAUAUAAUUCGAAAAUUAUUGAAUUCUAAAUUAUAAUUAAAAUUACAAAAACACAAAUAUUCCAUUUUUGCAAAGAUAAGUAAAUGACUUUACUUUCCUCUUAAAGAACAAUUUCAUAUAAUAUCAAUUAUUUAAAAUUUAUUUUAAAUUCUCUUAAUUGAAUAUUUUUUUUGUAUAAUUUUUUAAAUUAAUUCUUAUUGUCACAUUUCCUA